AUGCCGCCACAUUCGAAUUCUCCUCUACUUCCCAUCUCCACGCCCACAGCCAUCGCAUCGCCAUAUGAGCAACCUCCUCCUCCUCCUGCUCCCACAGCAGCGAACCAUGUUCAGCGCUUCGCCAUCACGACUUUCUCUCUCGCCCGCUUCGCCCGCGGUGUCUCGCUGAUAGCAUACCCGCGCUUCGGCCUCUGGGCCCUCGACAUCGCACCCGAUGGUUCAGCGUAUAUGCUCGCCAGUCUAAUCGGCAUCCGCGAUAUUCUCCUCUCGGGUCUUUUGUACACGAGCGAUACUACAAACGCUGCGACGGACUCGGCUGCUCGUCGCGAAGUGACCCGUGCGCUUGCGACGAAUCUGUUCAGCGAUGCGCUCGAUGCGUUUGUGCUGAUAUUCUACGCUGCGUGGUCUGAUGAUUGGGGGAAUCCGAUUGCGGUUAUUGUCAUCUCUGCUGUCAUGGCGAUCUUUGAGCAUCUGACGCUGUGGAGCUUGAGUGAGGAGGAUUGGGCUGCGCAUGAGUAUGGAAGUCUGGGCGAUGAUAAGAAGGCGAGGAUGAAUGCUUGGCUCCGAGAGUUGGAACGAUGCGGACCUGAGGAGUAUCGACCUGAACAGUCUGUUGGGCCAUCUUCGCGCGCAUCCUUCAGACAGUAUGGAGCUAUUGUUUAG